GUGUUCGGUGAAAAAUAAUUAAAACAAACCUUAUUAUUUGUCGGACUUUUUAUGUGUUUUUAAGUGGACGGGAUUGAGAAUUUAACUGGCGAAAGCAGCAACAUGGCUGCAUCCCACAUCCUAAGCGCCGUGGAGCCGACGGUCGGCGGCGGCAACGCGCGCGGCGGCCGCGAACGCGAGGUCUCCGUCGCUUUGGAUGACCGCGAGCUGUGGGUGCGCUUUCAGACGCUCACCAAUGAGAUGAUCGUUACGAAGAAUGGGCGCCGAAUGUUCCCCGUGGUCAAAGUGAGCGCGAGCGGCUUGGACCCGACGGCCAUGUACACGGUGCUGCUGGAGUUUGUGCAAGUCGAUUCACACCGCUGGAAAUACGUCAACGGGGAGUGGGUUCCAGGGGGCAAAGCGGAGGUUCCGCCAUCGAACGCCAUCUACAUCCACCCGGAGAGUCCCAACUUCGGAGCGCACUGGAUGAAGGAGCCCAUCUCUUUCGCCAAAGUCAAGCUCACUAACAAAACCAAUGGCAAUGGACAGAUCAUGCUGAACUCUCUUCACAAAUACGAACCAAGAGUCCAUCUCGUGAAAGUGGGCACGGAUCUCCGUCGCAUCAUGACCUACCCAUUCCCUGAGACCCAGUUCAUCGCGGUCACCGCGUACCAGAACGAGGAAGUGACGUCACUGAAGAUCAAGUAUAAUCCUUUUGCCAAAGCGUUCCUGGACGCUAAGGAGAGGCCUGAAGGUUAUUACCAGAGGGAUUUUGUGGGAACGCACUAUCCGCAACAAAGUUCGUCGCCGCACCAAUAUCCACAAUUUAGCGGAUGGUUCGUGGCAUCGCAGUCCUUGUAUGGCGGCAGUAACGCCGCUUCCCGAAGGCCUGCGCCAUAUCCACCCCGGCCGCCCUCCCGGCCACGGACGCUAUCACCGCCUUCAACCUACAGCAGCUCAGAGCGCACUACAUCAGCGAACACCGCCAGCUACACUUGGUCCGGCAGCGGCUACUGGCCGGCGCAGGGCUCUCCCCCUCCACCCCCUUCGUCACCGUACCGCACGCCCCCGUACCCUGCGCCGCUGGAGUACCAGCCCCCUGCCACACAACCACAACCGUUAUAUCCACUUCAAUACGAGACGCCAGCGCAGCACUCGCCCUAUUAUCAGCAUGCGUAUGCACCGUACGCACACCACCCCAUUGAAGAUAUUUCAUAUUGGCCUAACAGCUUAAACAGCUACGGCUACCAACCAUCUGAAUACGUCGGUGCCGGUGACGUAGCGUACAACUCCGAAAACAUGCCCUUCGGUCCCACGGGACCUCCUCUAGAAGCGGCCCCAGUCACAGAAGGCCGUGGUACGCCUCCGGGCCCUGAACACGGAGACAGGGAAUACAAGUAUAACACAGAAGAACGCCACUCACCUUGCGAGGAACCAACGUUGUCGCCACGUCCUUCUACUCAGUGAUCUAGUGAUUUUGGGACGAUUUAAGGUGUUACUUCAUUGGACGCUUU